AAAUAAAUAAAACCUUUUAAGCGUAUAUGCAGAUAUACUUUUAAAUGGAAGAUUUCAAAGUAGGAACAGUUUUAUUCAAUGCCGGAGACAAGCAAAAUGCACUUGAUUGGGAUGAUUCUGAAUUAAUUGAACAUUGGGAUAAAACAGUGGAAGCAUAUAGAAAUAAAUACUCAAAAGAAAAAGAGAUAAAACAAGUUCCCUAUAGCAAUAAAAUUCAGAAAAAACACAAUCUAAAGAAUAAAUCAUCAACAUUAAAUAGAAAAUCUAUUCCUGAUAAAAUGCCUUUUUAUCAUGAAAAUGUAUCAAAGAAUGAAGAUGUAAAAAAUGAAACAAACAUUCCGACAUCAUUUCAAAAUUCUACAAUGUCGAAUGAAGGAGAUCUUUCAAAUUUAAUGAUGGCUUGGUAUUAUUGUGGAUAUUACACAGGACUUUAUCAGGCACAGCAAACUUCUUCAAAAAAUGAACAUACAUGAAUAAAAUAAAAUGAUUAUAUAAAAAAAAAUAGUGAUUAUUAGUAUGUUCGCAGUAAAUAAUUUCCGCAGUAAGUCGCUGUUUACCAAUAGUUUGAGUUUUAUUUCCUUUUUUAAUUUUAAUGCUCCAGUCACAUUCAUUAUUUAUUUAAUAUGAGCUCUGUU